AUGGGCGACCCACUUCUAAGUAGAGUCCUACAAGCGUGCUGUUUACUGCUCGCCGUCUUUCAAGCAGUCCACGCUGCUCAACGCGAUUCACCGCUCUCAACCGACAAUGGCGCCAACGUGACUCGUCGCAUGGCCCUGGUGGGUCGACUACCUCGUUCGGCAGCUCCCCUAGCCGCGCCUCUCGGCUCGGGCUUCUGGUCCGUCAAGGGCAACCAGUUCGUCGACGCGUACGGCCGCGUGGUGCGCUUCUCGGGGCUGAUGUGGUCGGGGUUCGAGUCGGACGUGGCGGUGGUGCAGGGGCUGUGGGCGCGCAGCUACCAGUCGCACCUCGACCAGAUGCGCCAGCUCGGCUUUAACGCCAUCCGCCUGCCCUUCGCGGGAGACGCGCUCGAGCCCAGCUGCUCCCCCAAGAGCAUCGACUACGGCAAGAACCCCGAUCUGCAGGGCCUCAACUCGCUUCAAGUCAUGGAUAAGAUCAUUGCCGCGGCGGGCAAGCGAGGCAUGAAGGUUAUCUUGGAUUACCAUCAACACCACCUGCUGCUGAAUCUUCCCACGGAGGGCCUGUGGUAUGACCCCACCACGCCCCCGAGGAAGUGGCUGCAGCGAUGGAUCAUGCUCGCGAAACGGUACCGUGGUAACCCGACGGUCAUCGGCGCGGAUCUGCUGAACGAGCCGCACUUCAACGGGAACACCGCGCCGUUCCCCUCGCCGUACUGGGACGUGGAGGGCAAAUACGAGAAUCCUCCGCUCAACUUCCGCACCGCCACCAAAAUUGUGGCGGCGGCGAUUCAGCGCGCGAACCCGGACUGGAUCAUCUUCCUGGAGGGCAUGCACAACGACUACUGGUGGGGCGGCAACUGCCGCGUGCUCAUGAAGGCGCCGCUAAAGCUCACCGUGCCCAAUAAGCUUGCAUACACCGCUCACGAGUACGGCCCCUUCGUCUACUUUCAAAAGUUUUUCAACAAGACCGUCACGCCGAGUUUUCCGAAGAACCUGCCCGGGUUGUACAACCAUCAUUGGGGCUUUAUUCAAAAGAAGGGGUACGCGCCGGUGUGGGUGGGUGAGUUCGGGUCGAAGCUGCCGCCUCCGGAUUCGGAGCUGAACCGAGUGGAACGGACGGUGUUCUUCACGCUGAUCAAGUACAUGAAGGCGCUCAAGGUGUCGUGGACGUUCGCGUUCUGGGGCCCGCUUAGCAAGGACACUGGAGGGAUUCUUAACGACGACUGGUACACUGUGAGGCAAGACAAGCUAGAUGCCCUCAAGCCUAUCAUGUAUCCUAAUUUUGCGUAG